UCUCUCUCUUUCUUCUUCCUUCCUUCCUUCUGCUUUACUAUUACUGUUGUUACUUUCUUCUCUAUAGAUUAGAAAGUAAGUAAGUAAGAACAUGUGAGGUCUCUUUCAUCAUCAACUCAGUCACGAACUAUCGACAUCUCAGGAUAAUUCCGGAACUCGCUAUCUAGCUAUUAUUAGAUAGAUCAUGCCAAAACAUUCUUAAUCAAACAAGAAACAGAUCGAUCGAUCGAUCGAUGCCAUCAGAAUGUAUUUUCGUCUAAUUAAAUGUUCAAUUAUGGAAAUCAAAUGUAUCCGGAUUCAGGAUUAUUAUUCAGGAUUGAUUUGACCAAUUGAUCGCCCGAUCAAACUCCCAAACGGAGAUUUACUGUUCACAGAGUGAAAUGGACGAUUUCUACAGGCUACACUCUUCGAUUUCGUGCUCAGAUGAUGAUAUCGCCGUUAUGACUACUGGCCUUCCUACUGCUGUUGAUAGUUUGUUACGAUUCGAGAUGCCAGAAAUGGAAGAGGAGGAGGAGGAGGAGGAUGCCAUAGGUAAAGAUGUACCUGAUCUGAUUAAAGCUCAGAUCGCCGGCCAUCCUCUUUAUCCAAAGCUAGUUUCCUCUUAUGUCGAAUGCAAAAAGGUCGGAGCACCGCCAGAAUUCGCUUCACUGCUUGAAACCACCAGCAAAGAUAACAUCCUACUUCCAAUCAGUUAUCACUGUGAGAUCGGAGAAAAUCCCGAACUAGAUGACUUCAUGGAAUCAUAUUGUGAGAUUCUGCAUAUAUACAAGGAGGAGCUGUCGAAGCCCUUCGAUGAAGCCCAAACAUUUCUGUCCAAUAUUGAGUUGCAGCUCAGUGACCUCUGCAAGGGAACCACCACGACUACGACCUCCUUCAACUUUGCCGACUAUCAUUCUGAUGAAAGAGGGUGUUCAUCAGACGAGGAUUUCUGUGGCAGAGAUGUAGAACCCGCUGAAAGCCAAGAGUCUUCCAGUACUCAUGUGAACGAUCAGGAGUUGAAGGAAAUGCUGAUGCAGAAAUACAGUGGAAAUCUCAGUGGCUUGAGGAAGGAGUUCUUGAAGAAAAGGAAGAAGGGGAAGCUACCAAAGGAUGCAAGGAUGACAUUACUCGACUGGUGGAACAACCACUACAGAUGGCCAUAUCCCACGGAAGAGGAGAAAACAAGUUUGUCGGAGGCGACUGGAUUAGACCAGAAACAGAUAAACAAUUGGUUCAUAAACCAGAGAAAGCGGCAUUGGAAACCAUCAGAAGACAUGAGAUUCGCCCUCAUGGAAGGUGUCGGUGGAGAUCUUGGUGGAGGAGGAGCACCCAUAUACUAUGAUGCUGAUCAUGUAGUAGGAAAUGGAAAUUUCCACCUUUGAGCACUAGGUCUCUAGCUAAGAUCAAUUACACUAUAUAUUGAACUUAAUUAUCCUGAUCUUCAAUUAAUCAUGUACAAAAGGAAACCGGAAUUUAUUUAUGUUA